UCUUGAAUAAUCUUACAGAUUGUUUGAUUAAUUUCUCUUGUCUGAAUAAAUGUCUCAUGGUUGUGAACACAACUUUUUCCGGUUUUUGUUAGUAUGUGGAUGACGCGUGCAUACCAGGAGACCGUGUCUUUUAAUUUCGUUUUAUAGAUUCGGCCUAAAAUCGUUAAAACAAUGGGCAGACCGUCAAAUUAGAGAUACUGAAAAUUAAUAAUGGUUUUCUUGCAAUUAGAGACCAUGAUCGAAAAAGAUACCUACCUAAUAGACAGCUAUUAUUAAGUAUGAUGCUCGUCUGUCAGCUAGGUUGGUAAUUUGGACGAGGCGUGCACACAAAAAAAUGCUCAUUCCUGGGCUUGGUAUGCGAUGCCUGUCGUGAAUAGUAAAAAGGCCAUAUUUCUCUCUCCAUGGUCUUUUUUGUGUUUGAUUUGCAAAAGUAAGUUAUAGCUGAAAGUGCCUCUUAUAUGAUAUUUGAAGAUACAGAAGUGUCCCAAGACCAAGCGUGGGCAUGGCUUCAAUGGGUGCCGCUUUAACGUUUCUUGUGCUGUAUUUUGGUUAUGCUUGUGCAUAUGUUCGGCCUCCUGCCCGCUCCAUGCUCUCUCUUGCAUCUCAUUCAGCCUCACACACGGAUCCUCAGCAGGUACAUAUUUCUUUGGUAGGGAAAAAUCAUAUGAGGAUCACAUGGCUAACACAGUCCAAAGACGUGCCUUCAGCAGUGGAGUAUGGAACAUCUCCAGGCGCUUAUAUUUCAUCUGCAAAUGGAGAAAUAACUAAAUAUUCCUAUAUGCUCUACAAAUCAGGCUACAUUCAUCAUACCGUGAUUGGACCAUUAGAUGCUGAUAAGACAUAUUACUACCGAUGUGGAGGCUAUGGUCUUGAGUAUAGUUUCAAAACUCCUCCAUCGCAGUUUCCUAUUAGUUUUGCAAUUGUUGGUGACCUUGGCCAAACAGAGUGGACAGCCUCAACUUUAGAGCAUAUACAAAAUUUCAAGCAUGAUGUGCUUCUUUUACCUGGUGAUCUUUCAUACGCAGAUUAUAAACAAGAUCUGUGGGACUCAUUUGCUCAUUUGGUGGAGCCUUUGGCAAGCAGAAGGCCUUGGAUGGUUACAGAAGGAAAUCAUGAGAUUGAAAAGAUUCCAUUAUUAACUCAUUCCUUUGAUGCUUUUAAUGCAAGGUGGCGAAUGCCUUUUGAAGAAAGUGGUUCAGAUUCCAACCUGUAUUACUCUUUUGAAGUUGCAGGGGUACACAUAAUCAUGCUUGGUUCCUAUACAGACUAUGGAAAGGAUUCGGACCAGUACAAGUGGCUUCAGGCCGACUUCUCACGAGUAAAUAGAAGAACAACGCCUUGGCUUAUUGUAGUAUUCCAUUCUCCAUGGUAUAACAGCAACACUGCUCACCAAGGAGAAGGUGAUGACAUGAUGGAAACUAUGGAACCGCUACUUUAUACAGCUAAAGUGGACAUGGUAUUUGCUGGCCACGUGCAUGCUUAUGAGCGAUUUACUAGAGUUUACAAGAAAAACAUUAAUCCGUGUGGUGCUAUGCACAUUACUAUAGGAGAUGGUGGAAAUAGGGAAGGACUUGCAUCCAAAUUUUUGAAUCCACAUCCUCAGUAUUCACUAUUUCGAGAAGCAAGCUUUGGACAUGGUGAACUUUCAAUUUAUAAUGCAACUCAUGCACAUUGGAGCUGGCACCGUAAUGAUGAUGACCAACCAGUUAAAGUAGAUGAAGUUUGGAUCACCAAUCUAAGCAACUCAAGCACAUGUACUGAUAGUGAUGAUAUGGUGAAGGGAUAGUGUCAUGUUGUAAUGUCAUAAAUGAAUUCACUAUUGAUGUUGGCUUUUAUCUAUUUGGUAACUUACACGGUAGUUUGGCAACUUUUGAAGCAUGCCAAAAAACAGAACAGACAUGGGAGGAAUAUUUGACGCAGUCUUGUAAGGCACAUUGCAUCUCCUAUCAAGAGUUGAUAAGAUCAAAGCAAACAGGUAAAAGAGAACAUUGUAAUAGUAGUCGUCCAAUGAAAUUGUAUAAUAUAUCAUAAGUGUAAUUAGCUGAACUUGUGAUUCUUGUUGUUAAUAAACAUUGGAAUAGUGAAAAUUGCAUAUCCAAGCCCUUUUCCUUAAG